UGUAAAGUCUUUGUCGAUCGCCGCCGCGAACGUGAAUCAAUGGUGGGCGCCGAUAAGUAGAAUUUACGUCACGUAAAAAAAGGAGGUGGUAAAUAAUCUCUGCCUCGAGCUAGUACCCCUGAACGGAGGCUGCGAAUUGUCUAUAGAGCUAGAGGCAGCUACUGCUACAUCUAGUACAAGCAUCAGACACAUAUGAUGCCCUCCUGGCCCUAUCAUGCUCGCCCAAGCUUGGGGCCGUGCAGACACGUCGUUCGUACUUCGAGCCGACCUUUGGCAACAUCGUCAUCUGCGUGGUCCGCAGCUGCAUCAUCUUCGUCUUCAUCGACUCGUCAACAUCAUUUGUUCUGCCAAAUGAAGCUUUCGUUUCUCUCCAAUAAGACGAGAAGAACCAUUGUCACGACGCGUCCUCGCCACGAAAUGACGGUCACCGAGGUUCCGGACACCAACAUCAUCCUCCUGGGCACCAGCCACACCGAAACGACACACGAGGACCUGUUGGAGAAGUUCAAGGAACUGGAACCCAUCUCCGAAAUUGCCGUCGAAAUGUGUGAGGACCGACUUGGCCAGCUUUUUCUCGGCCAGGCGCGGAACGGGUUUCAAUCGGUGCGUGGGGAGCAGCUCUCGCACCGGUACGAGCAGAAACUCUUCCAAAGGAUCGAAUAUGCAUUGCAAAAGUGUCUGGGUCUGGAAGAUUGCUGAGGUUUGUGAUGCUGUGUCUGCAUGACACGGAAGGCGUGCCAUGCAAGGCCUAGCGUCACAGGUUUUGAGACGGUUUCCCAAUGCUUAAUCCGCAUGGCAAACGCCUUCUUUCGGCGACAGGAAAAGGGGCUCCCUUUGCUGUGUAAGCAUGACAGAUUUUUGUGUGAUCCAAGUAUGCAUCACGAGUUCGCAUCCUUCCAGACCCAGACACUUUUGCACUUGAUAUCGAAACGCUGCAGCAUGGGCGGGACAUGGCGACGGCUGCGUGGUUUUCCAGGUUUCAGUAUCAAAUGCAAAAGUAUCUGGGUCUGGAAGAUCGCGAGAUUUGUCAUGCUUGUCUGGCAUGACCAAAAAGUUUGUGAUGCAUGUCCAAGAAGAGACCCUUUUGCCUGUCAUGCAAAAACGCAGUUUGUCAUGCGCAAAACGCAACACAAAGAAGCGCAGAUAUUUCUCAUGCUUGGGUGUGCAUUACAGAGCACUCACCACUUCCAACGCAGCAUUACAAGUUUCCAGACCCAGACAUAUUUGCAUUUCAUAUUCAGUUACGGAAGCCGGUGUUGCUGCUGGAUCGGAAGUUUUCGCAGACCUUGGAGGCACUGGCAAAUGACGUGCCGUAUGCAGAACUGGAAAAGCAAUUUUUCUGGCAGCCGCUGACCUGGCCCUGGACGGUGUGGCGCAUGCAGUUAGCGUUUGAGGAGUACUGGGAGAACAGGAGGAAGCUGGAUCUCGAUGUAGUGCAACGGUCAGCGGGAAGAAGUGGUCCAAACGUAGAGAAAGCAGAAGUUGUGCCAGCACAUGCGGUAAAAGUGCCACCAGACCCUGCUGCAUCAACAACCGAUUGCGUAAAGGAAGACCAGCAAAAAUCUUUUCAGGCCGCUCAGAGUGAGAACUCACCAACAUCAACAAGAACCGAGGAUCCACCUCAUCUCACCUGGUCGGAGCUAGCUCGCAUCGCGAAAGUCCCAAAUGUCUGGCGGGGUUUCCUGGCGUCUAUGCCGAUUGCGCUGCACGAAUGCCAGAGCUGGGUGGACGUGGAGCAUGUGUUUCGAAAAGUGCGGUGUUGCUCCGAGGAGCUGGAGCGCAGCUUGCAAAAAGUUGUGUUGGAUGGGCGGGACGGCUACAUGGCAAAACAGUUGUUUUGGAACAGGAGGUACAACGCGGGCAACGAGGGUAUGGCGUUCUCGAACGUUACAUUCUCAACUGUUACAUGAAAUUUGUAAUGCAAGAAUGGCAAAAGUCAAAAGGGGGAGGCUGCAUCUGUAGCAUUACAAAUUCCGCAGAGAUUCAGGCGCUGUUCUUGUUUAGCCCUUCGCAAAUUUGUCAUGCGAAGCAGCUUGAUCAUGUAGAUGUUUAUGGCGCUUCUGCAUGACAAAUUCAUGUAACACUUGAAAAUGUAACGUUUGAGAACUUCAUAGAGGGCAAGUGCGUCGCAGUGGUUGGGGAUUUUCAUGUCGCAGGGAUGGUGGCGGAGCUGGAGAGGCUCCGAGAAGAAGAAAGAAACUACACUGCGGGCAAUGCUUCUACUUGCAGUACAAAUACAACUUCUAGUACUCUGAGCAGCAUGAAGAUGAAUAAGACCGGAGUGCCUCUUUCACGACACGAAAAAGGUAGUAGUUCUUGCUCAGGAAAAUUAAAUUCAGAUCGGCUGGCAGACAAGCCCUGGAUAGUACGAAAAUACUUUGAACGCCAGCUAAAAUUUGCGCUGGGCGAAAUUUUGUAGAAUAGUGUUAAAUGCUCCUGCUGUCCUGUAUUCAUGACUACGCAAAUUUUUAAGCAGGACUGUGAAAUAGAAAGAAACACAAUAAACUUGCGACUAUGCAGAAAGCGAGUGCUCAAGACGAAGCGAUUUGAUGAGGAGCUCCAUGUGUGUUCCAAUUUGAAGGCAGCCGCAGCAGCUUUCAACGUGCAUCUUGAUGAUGAUGACCCCACCAGCACUACUGAAGUGUGCGAACAG